AUGAUUAAAAAAAAAAUUAAGAAUAAAAUUAAAUAUAAUAAAAAAUUUAGUUUAUUUAAAAAUAUAUUUAUAUUAAGAGUAAAUAAAAAUUUAUUUUAUAAUUUAAAAUUUUACACUUAUGGUAUAGGUAUUUUUAAAUUAUAUAUUUUAUUAUUUUUAAGUAAUAAUUUUAGUUAUUUAUCUAUUUAUAAAUUAACUAUAUUUAGUAUAAUAGGAAUAAGAUUUUCAUUAUCUUCUUUAUUUUUAUGUUUAAAAAAAGAAUUAUAUAAAAAAAAUUUAUUAUUACAAAAAUAUAAAUUAAAAAAAUGA